AUGAGUUCCCAGCAGCAGAAGCAGCCCUGCACCCCACCCCCUCAGCCUCAGCAGCAGCAGGUAAAACAGCCCUGUCUGACUCCACCCCAGGAAGCAUUUGUUCCCAUAACCAAGGAGCCAGGCCACACCAAGGCCCCACAACCUGGUAACACCAAAUUUCCUGGAGCGAGCUACCCCAAUGUCUCACAGCCAGACCAAUCCAAGGUCCCACAGCCGGGCCCCUCAACCGUCACUCCAGCCCCAGGCCAGCAGAAGACCAAGCAGAGCUAA